GCACGCACACACACACACACACAAGGGUGGUCCGAUAAGUACUUAGCCUCACCACCCGAUGGUGCCAGUAUCGCAAGAGAGAUUUACUAUCGUGUAGUACAUUCUCGUAGACGGCUACUGUCAAAAUUUCAGCCGAAUCGGACUCGUAGUUUUGUUUUGAUCGCGUGUGGAAGCGGACAUGUCCGCGGAUUUUAGAAAAAUGGAAAAAGAGUAAUAUCGGUCGGUGAUUCGAUUCCUGUUUUUGGAAGGGAAAUCGCGCAGCAAAAUCAAAGAGCGCUUGGAUGCUAUGUACGGUGACUCUUCUUCUUCGAUGGCGACCGUUAAAAAUUGGUUUAACGAGUUUCAACGUGGUCGCACAUCAGUUUUUGAUGAGCCACGCCCAGGUGCCCCGAAAAUGGCUACCACGGAGGAUAACGUGACAAAAAUCCACGAUCUCGUAUUGGCAGACCGCCGAUUGAAGAUGCGUGAGAUAGCUGAAACAGUAAGCAUCUCAAAAGACCGCGUGGGUCAUAUCCUGCAUGAAAUUUUGGGCAUGAAAAAGCUGUCGGCGCGAUGGGUGCCGCAUUUGCUCACUCCGGACAACAAGCGCAACCGUGAGACCACUUCAGAGCAGUGUUUGACGCUGUUUAAGCGCAAUCCGAAGGAGUUUCUGCGUCGUUUCGUGACCGUCGACGAAACAUGGAUCCAUUGGUACACACCAGAGACCAAGGAACAGUCGAAACAGUGGACUUCACCCGGCGAACGUACUCCGAAGAAGGCGAAGACUGUCCUAUCGGCCGGAAAGGUGAUGGUCACCGUUUUCUGGGAUUCACAAGGUGUGAUCUACAUCGACUACCUAGAGAAGGGCAAAACGGUCACAGGGCUCUACUAUGCCGAAUUAUUGGGCCGAUUUGACGCCGAAUUGCAGAAAAAAACGGCCCUAUUUGGCGAAGAAAAAAGUGCUCUUCCACCAUGACAACGCACCGGCUCACACCUCCGCCGUCGCCAUGGCCAAAUUAAUCGAAUUGCACUACGAACUGCUGCCCCAUCCACCGUAUUCUCCAGAUUUGGCCUUGUGCGACUUUUUUUUGUUUCCAAACUUGAAA